CAUAUAUGGGGCUCGUGUAGUCCCGGUCGUUAUUCGCUGCAAGCCGGAGUUUCCGAAGAACCCUUUUCCUCACCCUAAUCCCCUAUUGUGCGAAAUUUUAACAUGAAAGACUGACGGGGAAGGAUUGCAUUUGUCGAUGGCUGCGAAUACAGAAGCAAAUUUAUCAAGUGACUUUGAUAUAGACGAGGUCAUAAAUUGGGAUGAACAAAAUUAUUCAUCCAAGGUUAAUAUUCAUCCAUUGUUUGUCGACGAAAACACACAAAAUGUGUAUUUGGAUGCGAACAACGGUAUUGAAUUCACAUUGCCUCAAAUCAACUUAAGCAACAAUGAAAAGACUCCCCAAAAUACCACCGCUGUCAUGAACAAUAUGGGAACUAGUCAACAGACAACACUGGAUGGUCCACAGAGCUCCAACACAUAUUUUUCUUCAUACUAUGGAGGAGUAAAUAAUCAGUCCAAUGCAAACAACCAUGGCUAUCCCGCAACAAGGCAAACCAUUUCACCACCAAAUGGUCUGUCAUUUACCACUGAGAACAUCAGUAUCCCUUCAAUAGCUUCAACGAACUCCACGAUCCUCCAUUAUCACUCAUCACUAGUUGGUCAAGAAAACCCAUCGUUGACAGGUCAACUCUGCCUGACAAAUAAUGAUGUCUCACCUUUUGAUGAAACAGAAGAUUUAAUAGAAGGACCUUUAGAUAAAAUUGUUGAUCAGAUUAUGGAUCGGCAAAAUAGUGAAAGGAUUUCACAAUCCGGUUCAUUUGAUGAUGACGUUCCAGUUAUAACAUACAGUAAUAGACAGGCAGAUCCACCAUCAAGAUCAGUUGUGUCGCCAAAUAUACCUUCUCCUAGCAGCUCGUUACAAAACAGUCCCUCACCUAACACCUCUAGUCAUCAAGCAGUAUCCUCUGUGAACCCCAAACAACCAUCGAGAAGUAUACCUGUUCUUCCAACAAAUAAUGGUAUACAAACCAAUAUUACAUCAUCAUUACAAAAUAUACCAUCAAGUAUACAACUGAGCAGUCUCAAAUAUGGUGGUAAUUUGUCACAAACAACCCUUACGUCACAUCCAAACCGUACGCUUCAGUCACCAUCUGGUAUUGUGAAUACGUUAAACCAGAAUACCACAAAGUGUCCUGCGGUGACAAGCUCACAUUCAACUGAAAUUUCACACAACCAAAACAUUUUAUCUGCUCAUACUACAUAUCAAGCAAACGCUAGCCAAAAUAUGGCUCAAGCUUAUCCAAGUUUGAUGUUAAAGAAUCCCAACCAAACUAUAAUACAACCAUCAAUAUCAAAUUUCUCAAGAACUAAUACCACAUCAAAACCUGUUUGGCAAAAUAGUUCUAAUGCCCUAGACGACUUGAUAAAAAUGCAGCGCGCUUUACGUGCCUCUUCGCCAAAUCUUGUUCAAACAGGUUUUACGAGCUCGCAAAAUAGAACGAUGUCUAGUUUUCCUCAAGGAUUGACAAGCUCCAAUGGUAAUAUCCAAUCACAGAACAACACACCUUUAUACCACGGCACAGACAUUGGUACGCAACAGUCACCAGCACUGUUUGAAAAGUCCACCCAUAAUCUCAAUACCCCAGCCACUUCCUUAGAUCGAAAUAUUAAUUCAAAUCAUAUGGUCCAAUUUCAACCAUCCAGCACCUCAAAUCCAUUGCAAACCAUGGUCACUGGUGAUAUUUCAAAUGGUCACAUGACCAUAAGCGUGACUGAAAAUACAAAUGGUAACCAAGUCGUUCAGUCACCAGCACUUACUAGUUAUCAAAACGACGGUCUUAUGAUUACGAAAGUGACGCGCACUCUCUCAGAUGAAGAAAUGGAGGCACUGAAUAGUCCUAGGCUUAGUGUUCAAACCACCUCUAAUACAAAUCGAUUUAUAUAUCAAAAUCGCAUCACGGGUAAUUCAGGAAGAAAUGUGAUGUCAUAUACGCAACCGCAAAGCGUUGCUAAAGAACAAUCAAUGACGAAAUGUCAAGCACCUACCAGUCCCCUGGAUAGCAAGUCUGUGUUUACUCUUAUUGCUUCGUCCCCAGGCCCAGACACCAACGCACAGACCUCACUUUUUAAAACGGAAGCCGAUCAUAUUAUUUCUAGGCCACCUGGGAUGAACACAAUAAAGAUUACGUCACCAUCUUUGAGUGCAGCCGGCUUCAAGUAUCCUGCGCUCGGGUUGGGUUCCAACCCCUCACCUAAAGCUGUUUCAAUGCAGCUCCCUCGUACCACGUCCGUGCGGCUCCAGAACUCACCUAGUUCCCCUAACGUAGCCGGGUUUCCUUCAUUUACUUUAACAUCUCAAGGUGGUUUGGUGCCGUCAGCUGUUAGUUCCACUAAUAAUAAGCCGAUGGUGUUCACUUUGGCACGGGGUUCAAAUCUCAAAGGUCUACCAGCUCAUCUUAAGGACAAGAAACUCAUAUUCUUGCAGCAGCCAGGUGGGCAGCCAAUUGACACGCCAAAACCGCAACCAGUUAAAAUCGUUUUCGUAAGCGAUGAUUCUGUUGCUCAAUUGGUAUUAGGCUCAGUAAAAAAUAAAAACACGCAGUGUAGUGUUGCUCCUAUGGUUGAUGUUCAUUCACAAUCUUUCAAUGUUGCCUCUGAUCUUGCUUUAUCCUCGAUGACAGAUCACGGUAAAUUAUUUCAAUCGCAUUCUGUCAAUUCUUCGCAAGACAACAAUAUAAGUGAUUCACCAUCAAGUGUGAAUAGUGUGGAAAUUGGGCAGAUGCUUGUACCUGGAGAGAUUGUGAAGGAUAACAAUGAUAUCAAUGGAUUUUCAGAACAGAAAAAACGAGGAAGGAAAAAAAAGGAUCCGAACUGCCCUGUAAAACCACUAUCAACAUUUCAAAGGUUUUUCCAAGCGACACAGCCCAUACUCAGGCAACAAAACCCUCAGGUAACUUUUACAGAGAUUUCGAAAACCAUCAAAGAAAUGUGGGAGAAAUUGCCACAGAAGGAAAAAAAAAUUUAUCAGGUCGCGUGGCGUGAGGAUAGAGCUCAAUAUAAGAAAGCUUUGGAAGAGUACAAUGCCGGAAAACUGGAUCGCGAUGAAGUUGAUGGCAACAACAUCAUGCAGGAAAUUAAACCUGUUGAGUUAAAAAAUGAUUCUUCAAUCACUGUCCCUGCCUUCAAAACAGACGUCCCAACCAGUUCUACCCCCACAAGUCCUAGUUUACCCCCCAAUAUAGCCGCCCCGAGAAGUACUGGUAAACCGCUGGCAAUGAUGGCCGAGAUGAACAAAACGAAACUUGCGACAGCCAAGGCCGCGGGCACAUCUAAAUUUGGACACGUUAACAAACACAAGUUGGGUAAUGGUACCGACGAUAGUACAUCCCAAGUUGUUAAGAAAAAGGCCAAGUUGAUCAAUCCGAUCCCAAAGAAAUUUUGUAUCCGAGCGCAUUGCAACAAUUUAGCCAAAACGAGUAAAGAACGAGGGGCAAUGUUCUGUAGCGACGAUUGUGUGAUGCUCCAUUGCAGAGGGAUGUUCAGAUCGUGGGUGGAAGCAAGACGUCAAGCUUUGAAAGCAACGACGUAGCAAACGUUUAGAAGAAAGCCUAGCUUUCUACAGUAGUCUGUUUUUCUAGAUCUUGCUGCUCUUUCCCAAUGCUUUCUUCGAGGGUGCAACCAGAUGCAAAUGACUUAUUUAUAUGGUGUAUGUAUGCUCAGAGUUCAAUUUAAUCGUGCAAAAUUUUUGUAUAAAUGCAUUUGAAAUUUUUUCUGUCCAAAA